UUAAGAAAAGGCCUGAUCACAGCUCAAAUAAGUUUAAUCUGUAUGAACUUAUUAUAAUUUGCUGUUAAUGGCAGAGCCUGAAACACUGAGAAACUCACCUACUGUCACCACUACCAAGGUGCAAGCAACCAAAGGUCCCACGGUUAGAAGAUUUGUUGGAGUCAGGCAAAGGCCAUCAGGAAGAUGGGUCGCUGAGAUAAAGGAUUCAUCUCAACGAGUAAGGUUAUGGUUAGGAACAUAUGAUACGCCUGAGGAGGCAGCUAGAGCCUAUGAUGAAGCUGCUCGGGCCCUCCGUGGAGAAAAUGCAAGAACCAACUUUGCAUCGGUUAAUCCAAACUUGAACCAAUACGGAUCAUCCCCUAGUUCAAACGGUGGGCUCAAAAUGUCAGAGUCAGAUGGGAGGCACGGUCUUAGCUUCUCUUCAUUAAAGGCUAAAUUGAGCAAGAAUCUACAAAGUAUCAUGGCUAGGACAACAGAGAAUAAGGCGACCAAAAAUAGAGUGAGUGACCACUUUACUUUUGCUAAUAUAUUCCACUUUAGGAGCCAUCAAUACCAAAACCCAGUGGAUAUGAAGAGCAUCGAGAAAGUUGUGCAGCCAAGCAUCAUUGUGCCCCAUGUAUCAGAUCAUAAGCCUUCUUAUUCCUGGGAAACUUCUUGUGUUUCAGAUUGUAGCAAUGAAUGGAUUGGGUUCAGGCAGUAUGGGUUUGAUUCAGAUGGAUCUGAUAUUGGAGAAGUACUCAGCACUGUUAAUGCUGAUCAAAUGAUAGGUUGGGUUGAGAGCCCGGAUAUCAAUACUUGUUGUGGAGAUCCUUGUUCAAGGAGUAAGAGGUUAAAGGUUUCGUCUUCUGUUGUGGUUCCUCCUACCUUUAGUGGGUCUCCAUCCUUUUGUGCUUCUCCUUCCUUUAGUGGGUCCCCAUCCUUCUGUGCUUCUCCAUCCUUUAGUGGGUCUCCUUCGUUUUGUGGCUCUCCAUUUCAUGGUGAGAAUUAAUGGCAUAUAUAUGGCACAACGGAAGUGAAUGAUAAUGUCUCCCGUGGAAUGCGAUGAAGCUUCUUCUUCAAAGAGGUUGAGAAGCUAAUCACAAACAGUUGGUGUUUUCAAUGAUGAUGAUGACGACGAUAAGUUAUUAGUCAGCAUGUACAGUGAAAGAUAGAGAUCAAACUUUGUAAUAAUAAUGCCAUGAAGGCUAAGCCAUAAGAGUCCUUUAGUGUAAUGACAGUGCCAAGUUUGGUUGCCUCUAUCUGGCUUUUGUUUAGAUGGAAAUUAAAUUCAGUAAACACAUCUCCUUCUCUGUCAUUUUUGUGGUACGAAGUGU